UGGAUCGACUGCUCCUGUCUGGCCCAUCCCCAGGCGCGGGAAAAGUUUCAAUCCACCAAACCCUCACAAUCCUGGCCAGCCUUCUCCUUCUCCUUUUACAUCCCUGACUCCUCGAGGUCUCCUGAACCACACGAGUGGAAGUGGAGAAACUCAAGCUGCCGCCAUGUCCGAGGCUUAUUUCCGGGUGGAGUCGGGUGCGCUGGGACUGCAGGAGAACUUUCUUUCCUUGGACGACAUCCUGAUGUCCCACGAGAAACUCCCGGUGCGCACCGAGAUCCCCAUGCCACGCCUCGGCGCUUUUUUCCUGGAACGGAGUGUAGGGGCCGACACCGACAACGCGAUCCCUCAGGGCUUAAAGCUGGAGCUCCCCUUGUGGCUGGCAAAAGGCCUUUAUGACAACAAGCGGCGGAUCCUCUCUGUGGAGCUUCCCAAGAUCUACCAAGAGGGCUGGAGGACUGUGUUCAGUGCGGAUGCCAAUGUGGUGGACCUCCACAAAAUGGGGCCCCAUUUCUACGGGUUUGGCUCCCAACUCCUGCAUUUUGACAAUCCAGAGAAUGUAGACAUUUCCCAGUCUCUCCUACAGACGUUUAUUGGGCGUUUUCGCCGCAUCAUGGACAGUUCCCAGAAUGCUUACAAUGAAGACACUUCAGCACUGGUCGCCAGGCUGGAUGAGAUGGAAAGGGGCUUAUUUCAAACAGGGCAGAAAGGACUGAAUGACUUUCAGUGUUGGGAGAAAGGGCAGGCUUCUCAGAUCACAGCUUCAAACCUUGUUCAGAACUACAAGAAGAGAAAGUUCACUGACAUGGAAGACUAAAGGCUGAGGAACACUGAAUUGCUCAUUGUACAUUUAUCUCUGAGCGUCCUUGGUAAGAAUCUGGUUGACCCUGUGCAGGGCCAGCAUCCAGUCCCAUCUCAUGGCUUAUUUCCUGCAGCAGUCUCGGGAGUGGAGGUAUCAUCUGGUUGGGAAAGUUGGUGCUGGAGGAAGUCCCUGGCCCUGUAAGUCUUCCAGGGCUACCCCACCCUGCUGCCACAGCCCAGGCCCACUUAACCCAAGAAGUCACAACCGAGGAGAACUCAAAAGUGCUUUAUGAAUAAGGACCAUCAAUACAUACAUUGCCAUAGAGUUGGAACUGGAAUUCCAUGUGCCUGGCUUUUGGACGCCCUGGCUUCCCAGCUUCACUAGCUUCAAAGGACAGCUACAAUUUGCGCCAUCUUAGUCUGUUCCCAGAAUGUUCUCUUGAGCUUAACUGCCUCAUCUUCUUCAUGGUUGCACAAAGGACAGCACACCAAGGAUGUGUGCUGUAAAUACAUCUGCAGCCUGCGUAUGGGGCAUUACCCCAAUUUCCAAAAACAGUUGCCAAGAACAAGGAAAGAAAAGGGAAAAGCGAUGAAUGGCAUGGCUUUUAUUAAAGAGAAGGUGCUGCUUUCCUCCUCUGUAAUCAGGAAUUCACAUGAGUCUACAAUCAACCUAGAGGGGAAAUGGUUAAAAUGAGCUUGUUUUUGUCUUGGAGAUAUUCAGAGCCACCUGCACAGUUAUCCAUUUCCGCCCUAGAAAAACUGUCAAGGAGUCGACUGGAAUUGCACAGUAGUCAUUAACAGGCGUUAACCAGCUCUUAUGACAUGGAAAUGAAGAUUUGAGGGCUGCUGGCUAUAUAGAGCCCUGUUUGAGAAGCUUAACACGGCAGAUGGAAGUGGGCAAGAGGCCUUGGUUAUGUUUUUUAAUCUUCAGUCCAUUUUGCAAACAUUAUUACCAAGAGGAUUCCUGACCAUUUACUGAGAAUCUGUUGAAGCCAGCACAAAACUCUCUCUGAAGAAACAAGGAGGACACCUCAGGCUGAGUAGAAAACAGCAUUCCUGGGGCCCACUCCACUGUUUGAAGGGCAGCCGUCUCCACACCACUGCUCCAGCUUCCCACAACUAGUGAAAAUUGCCUUUGUUGUUGGAAAUGAGAGCGGGAUUUGGGCAUCCAGACUGGGCAGAUGUCUGGAUGCAAACUUAGAAUGUCAGAAGUGCUUUCUAAAUGUCAGGUUUUAAGAUGGAAUCGAUGCUUUUAUAAUUUGACUUUUUUGCUAAAUAAAUUACCCGCUUUGCACAUGAAUGCACUCUGUCCAAGUACUGUUUCUGUAGCUAGUACUACAGAUGGUCAGGCAGAGUUCUCAGGGAAUUUUGCCUUUGAUUGUAUUUGAUAAUAACAUCCCAAUAAAUCCAUGUCU